GACCACUUAUAUAGAGAGAGACAAGAUUUGUUACAUGUAUAAUCAUUAUUACAAUUAUUCAAUAAAUUGAUUGGAUCUGUAGUUGUCUUUCUGAAUUAAUGGCAUUCAAAUUGAUAGGCAUAUUGUUAGUGGAAAUAAUAACUUUUGCACCAUUUGUCUGGGGAGAAAAAAGUCUUGCAAUUAAAAGCAUUCAGAGUGAAGAUGGAGAUGUCAUUGACUGCAUUGACAUUUUCAAGCAGCCAGCUUUGUAUCAUCCUGCCUUGAAGAACCAUAAAAUCCAGAUGACACCAAGCUACAAUCCAGUAAUGGAGACUACAAAAACAAAUGACCAAGAAGAAUCAUACAAGUGUGUGACAACGCAAACAUGGCAUAAAAAUGGAAGUUGUCCAAAAGGGACAAUUCCCAUUAGAAGAACACAAAAUAAUAAGAAGGAUCAAAUAAAGAAGCCUAGUUUCUUUCAUCAUGAUAACGGCUUGAAGAUUAACAAGGACAUCAACCUUUCACAAAAGAACCACUCACUAUCUGACCCUACUUUUUUUGCCCUUUUCUUAAUGAAGUUGACUAUAAUGCAUACAGAAGGAUAUAGAUAUUCGGGAGCAAAAACAGACAUGAAAACCUGGAAUCCUCAUGUCGAAGAAGAUGAUGAAUAUAGCACUUCUCGACUUGCUCUUAUGAGUGGAGCUUACUAUGAUUAUCAAGACAUUGAAUCUGGAUGGGCUGUAAAUCCAAGGGUUUAUGGUGAUAGGAAGACACGAUUUUUCACUUAUUGGACUACUGAUGGAUCAAGAGAAACAGGAUGCUUUGACUUAACUUGCCCUGGUUUUGUACAAACAAGCCACGAGAUAGCACUUGGUGCAGCUAUAUAUCCAAUCUCAACCCAAAAUGGUCUCCCAUAUUCAAUUACUGUUUACAUCUACAAGGAUAUUAAUACUAGCAACUGGUGGCUACAAUAUGGAGGAUCAAUCAACAUAGGAUAUUGGCCAUCAGAGAUCUUUGAUGGUGGCCUAAAAGUCCAUGCACAAACAGUUCAAUGGGGUGGUGAAGUUUAUAGCAAAAAUGUAGGAAAACAUCCUCACACAAAAACACAAAUGGGGAGUGGAGCUUUUCCAGUUUUCAUAUUUGCAAAUACUGGAUUUAUGAAGAAUAUGAGAAUUCUUGAUAAUUCAAUGGAUUUGAAAUUUCCACAAAAUGUUGAUGCUUAUUCAGAGGAGUAUAAUUGUUAUAGACCUCAAUACAUGGGUGAUUAUGUUGAAGAACCUGAGUUUCACUUUGGAGGGCCAGGAAGGAAUCCAAUGUGUCCUUGAAUUUUGAAAUAGGAUAGCAAAGAUACUAGAAUACUAUGGGAUAUUGUUUAGUUUAUUUUCAAUCUUGAUUUUGCUUUAAUGAGGAUAUGUUUCUUUUUUGUUUUUUCAUUCAAUGUUUCAUAUCCGAU